AUGCCUUUGGCUACUUGUGUUGUCUUUAUGGAGAUCUCUGAUUCGCAGAGUCUGCACAGCGAAGCUCUUCUGUCUUCUCUUAGCAAUGAUGGUCAUGCAAAACAGCAAGACUACAAUCGGCUGAAGAAGUGGCCUACUCUCGAGAAGGGCAAACCUUUUCGACCGAAAGCUAUUGGUGAUAGAGGAACUUCUCAAUCAGAAUAUUGCGAAAGAACACCUUGCAUUCAAGGAUUUCUUGAGAAUCCCGGUCCCGCAUCCUCAUUCUGCAAGCAAUAUACAGCCACUGUAGAGAGUGCAGAACCUCAAUCCACCUUACCAAGUUUCAUCAAUGGCUGUUUGUCAAAUACAGUUAGCAUUUCAAGCGCCUGUUCGUGCUUGGAGAGUUACCCUACUGUAUCCUUGACCUCGGCGGACAUCAGUCUGAAUACAGGUGUUCCGCUGGUCUCGACACCCACUUCCCAGAGAACACCAGAUGUUGCAUCAUCAAGCUAUUCGGCAGCUGGCAGCUCUUCAGUUCGCAACAUGGCAAGGGCGCCAAUUGAUGAGACAAGCAUCCCAGUAUCAACGGGCAAUGGUGAUAGCCAAAGUCAAUCACCAUCUUCGUCAAAGUCAGUCUCGACUCGACCACGGAAAUUUUCACAGACAAAGAUUACGUCAAAAAGGACGCGUGUGUAUAAUAUGACAACCACGGGAACUGACGCUCGUGGCUCGUCAUUCACCUCCGUACUUCAAGUAACCCCAUCGAAAUCCGCCUUGAAUAUGACCCAAUUACUUAGUUCACCGACAGCAAGCGUAACCGGUAAAUCCAUCUCGGUUUCGACUGCCAUAACUACGAAUGAUCAAGGCCAAACGAUCUCGUCUGAGGUCCAGGUUACGUCCGAGAGCUCUCUAGCAUUCAGAAACUCCUCAACUGGCAAGGUACGACCCUCUGGAGCCUCAUUCAACUUUACUCAACCUGGAGUAAAUACGAAAGAUACCGCAAUGAUGUCGGGAACCCAAGAUCCUCUUUCGUCGUCGCGCUUGACAAAUAACAGCCUUGCGAUGCCUCCAAUCGUACCUGUUGUUUUCCCUACACAAGUCUAA